CUCUAUCAUAUAUGUACAAAUUGAUGGGAAAGAAAGAUUUUACCUCACUGUAUCAUCUUUUAUUUUUUUAUUCUUAAGGGUUGUUUAGUAAUCUGAUGUUCUUAUGCAUCUCUUGCAGGCACGGAGGCGAAGAGGACGAACUCCUACUCCAGGAAGGUAUUUGGGACUGAGAACCAUACGUGUUCGCCGUCGAACGCCUAGCUAUUCUCCUUCUCGUCGAUCUCCUAGCUACUCUCCUUACCGCAGGAGCCUUAGUCAGUCUCCUGAAUAUUCCUCGGAGAGAAGCAGGAGCAGAUCUCAUUCUCCGUAUCCAUACCGUAGUAGGCAGAGGUCUUAUUCUCCUCGUUAUAGUCGGCGGAGAUCCUACUCACCUUAUUAUAGCCGGCGCAGAUCCUACUCUCGCUCUCGUUCACCUUACAGUAGGUCACCGGAUGAUCGCUACUAUAGAAGGCGUGACCGAUCCUACUCUCCAUAUGACUCCAGGUACGAUGAUGGUUACUAUAGAAGGCGAGAUCGCUCCUACUCUCCAUACGACUAUAGGUACAAGGACCGUUACUAUAGAAGGCGCGAUCGCUCCUACUCCCCAAUCGACCACAGGUAUGAAUCACUGGAUAGAAGACAUCGAUAUCGUUCAUUUUCUCCUAGUCCUACACCACCUAGGAGGAGAAACUCUAGGAGAAGCUAUUCACGUAGCAUCUCUCCCAGGAAGAGGACUAGCUCAAGGCGAAGUUAUUCACGCAGUCUCUCGCCUAGACAAAGGAUCUCGAGAAGGAGCAACUCCAGGACCGUAUCCCCAAAACCAAGGAAGAGCAUUUCUCGUGCAUCGAAGAGGGUAGACCCACGUGAAAGUUUCUCUCGGGGCUCUUCAAUGAGUAGUCCUAGUGCCAGUGCAAGUUCGAGGUCCAUUUCAAGAUCUGUUAGCCCGUCACCGUAAAAUCAUUUUAAAUGUUGGCGACUCUAGUUUCUUUAGGCAUUCUCUACCUAGAGAUGUUGAUUAUUAUAGACCACUGUAGUGUAUAUUAUGGAGUUUAAUAUCGUGCUGUAGUG